AUGUCCGACAAGUUGCCAGCUGCAUCGCUAAGUCAAAUCUCAUCUUCCAUAAUCUCUACUCUAGGUUCCAAUAACUGUGGCGUAGAGAACAGUGAUACCUGUGCCUCCGGCAAAACCUGGAACGACAAGGAAUUUUUUGCGAAGAUCGCGCAGUUCCGCGAAGAAGCGUUGGAAAUCCACUUCAACAAGUUUCCGUUCUGGGAGACCCUCCGUUCGAAUUAUCUCCCGCUUUUCCAACAAGACGUACACGUAUGGUACGGUGACGCACCGUACUACGUCCGCAUCGUCGACGUCCCGAACGCGCUCUCCGGAGACAUACUCCGUUACAAGGCCGACCUGCCGCGGUACAACUGCCAUCUCGAGAUCAUCGGUAACAGCGUUCGAGAGAUCGAACUCAAGAGAUAUCCUGCGGAGGAGUUCGAGGAGAAUUUGAAUGUUCUCGAGGACGACGCGAAGGAGCUCUUCGCGACCCUCCCGCUUGUCACCUUCGACGAGGACAAGCAUUUCGCCAAGCCGGCGAGGACGCGGCGCGAGAUCGAGGUUCUACAAAUGUGCAAGGGUUCACCACACUUUGUACAGCUUCUAGGACGGCUGGAAGACGACCGACUCGUAUUUCCCAAACACCCUUACGACCUCGUCUUUGCAGCAGUCAGUAAUAAAUCUAUCGAUGCGAUACGCAAGUGGAUGCUCGACAUCAUCGAUGGUAUCGCAUUCCUCCACGCGAGGGGCGUGACAUACCGCGACUUCGCGCCGCGCAACUUCCUGUACGGGGAUCCCGUGAUCACCUGCGACCUCGAGUGCCAGCUCGCAUCGUGCAGGGCGCCGGAAUUGUUUGCUUGGGACGAUCCUCCGGAUAAUGCGUUCACUCCGGCGACAGAUAUUUACGGGUUGGGCAUCCUCCUCCAGUUGUUGUGCUACGCGAAUAAUCCUCGCAGCCCGUAUUUCCAUUGGCCUGUGCUACCGCCUUUUGACAAGAUCUUCGAGGCUUGCACGCAGACGAGGCCUGAGGACCGGCCUUCGUUGUUGCAGCUUAAGGCUUGGUUGCAGGAGCUUUAG